GAUUCCUGCAUUUGCCAUCAUCCCAUUGGCAUCUUCCCCAAGAACCAAUAUUUUUAUAAUGGGCUUAGUUCGCCCUAAUUCCUGGACAAACUUACAGUUUCUCUGGGUUGCUGUGGUCUCUAAUGAAUGAUUUGGACCCGCCACCAACUCAUAUAAUUAAGCCCUCAUCCCCCUCAUCUGUACUGCCAAGAAAGUGCUUGAAAGAGAGUGCAGAUAGAGCCUGUCUUCUGGAGGAGACAUGAUCAAGCUGAGGUCGAGGAGGUUCUGGAGGUGCAGCUCCAAGCUUUCUGAGGGAGUCAGUGAUGAUGGAGCUGCUGAUAUUGAGUGGGAGCUGAGGCCAGGAGGGAUGUUGGUUCAGAAGAGGGAGAAUGGUGGAGGCCAAGAUGGCAAGCUUAUCCGGGUUCGAGUUUCGUCGGUAUCUGAUUCCCAUGAAAUCACCAUUGGAGCAAAUGCAACAUUUGGUGAGAUGAAGAUGAUGCUGUCUAUGAUCACUGGCUUGGAGCCCCAAGAGCAAAGGCUGCUGUUCAAAGGGAAGGAGAGGGAAGACCAUGAUUUCCUGCACAUGGUUGGGGUCAAGCACAUGGACAAGGUCUUGCUCUUGGAAGACCCUGCCAGCAAGGAGAUGAAACUGCAGGACCUGAGAAGGGCCAAAGCGCCUGAGAAAUGUUGCCAAGCAAUUGCUGUUUGACAGCAAACCUAAUGUGACAAACUUGUGAAAAUUUUCCUUCACCAUACAAACAAGAGUUGGAUUGCUUUUACAGUAAAAGAAACUGACUGUUUUUUCUUUUCCUUCUUUUUUUUAUUUUGGAUGUUUUUCUUGUUUGUUGUGAUUAUGUGAGUGAACAGUUGCUUAAUACCUUAAAAGAUCAUAGAGAAUGGAUAAAAAAAGAAGGGCAUUGAGUUU